AUGGAGGGCGGCGGCGGAGGAGGGGGAGGAGAAGAAGGGGAGGAGGCCCCGCCGGCACAGCCCGCAGGGCAGCAGGAUUCGCACCCGGAGCCGGAGGCGUCGGGAGGCGGUCGGCGCCGGGGUCCGCAGCACGCCGGGGCCCGGGAGCUGGCCGACCUCUACUCCCCAGGCAAACGGGUCCAGGAGUGGUUCUGUGUGAUCACGUGCUUCUCUCUCAUCUUCUUCAACCUCUACCACCUCCUCCGGCAUGCCAGCCUGGAGCACACCCGCCCCGUGCUCCUCGGAAUGUUUGCAGGAAUCCUCAUCGCUGACUUCCUGUCGGGGCUGGUGCACUGGGGAGCUGACACCUGGGGGUCCGUGGAGCUGCCCGUGGUGGGGAAGGCUUUCAUCCGGCCCUUCCGAGAGCACCACAUCGACCCCACCGCCAUCACCCGGCACGACUUCGUUGAGACCAACGGAGACAACUGCCUGGUGACGUUGCUGCCCCUGGCCAACAUGGCCUACAAGUUCAGCACCCUGAGCCCAGAAUCUGUGCAGCAGCUGUACCCUUGGGAGUGUUUUGUGUUCUGCCUCAUCAUCUUCGUGACCUUCACCAACCAGAUCCACAAAUGGUCGCACACGUACUUCGGGCUUCCGCGCUGGGUGACCUUCCUCCAGGACUGGCACAUCAUCCUGCCUCGGAAACACCACCGAAUUCAUCACGUCUCCCCUCACGAGACCUACUUCUGCAUUACCACAGGUUGGCUAAAUUACCCAUUGGAGAAGAUUGGAUUUUGGAGGCGUUUGGAGGAUAUCAUCCAAGGACUCACUGGAGAAAAACCCCGAGCAGAUGAUAUGAAAUGGGCUCAGAAAACAAAAUAG